AUGGAUCACCUAGAGCAGGCCGCCCCCGUGCCAUCACUCCCCCCGGCAUGUGGCCGGAUCGGGACCGGAUCAGGGCCGGAUCAGGACCGGAUCAGGGCCGGAUCUGGACCGGAUCAGGGCCGCAUCAGGGCCGGUUACCUCCACCUGUAUGUUCACUUGCACCUGUUCCUCUACAUGCACCUCUACCUGCACCUCUACCUGCCUUCUGAGUUCUGCUCGGCUGCAGCUCGCCGGCUCUGCGUCUGGAAGAUGCACGAGGGCAAAGUGCAGCGCUGGCGGCCUGUGCAUGCAGUCGGGGGAGCGCUCGGCGGCAGCCAUCUUUACGUUCUUAUCUCCCACCCAUACGCCCCCCCGCAGGCCAGGCUCAGCCCUGCUCAUCGAGACGGAGCGAAGACGAGGAGACGGACAGAGGAGGAAGAGGAGAGAAACGGAGAGAUGACUGAGCUCUCCAGGCCUGGAGGUCGUCACUUUGUUCUGUCCCGGCUGCUGCUUCAGGUCACUGUGGUGUCGGAGGGGGAGUCGCUGCCCCAGUAUCAAACCAAACUCCACCAGUAUGGAGCCACGAAACGCUACUGUAAGACGUCCAGCCCGGCCAGCAGCACCACCAGCAGCUACGCACCGAGCAGCAGCAGCAGCCUGAGCUGCGGCGGAGGAGGAGGAGGAGGAGGAGGUGCUGGAGGGGGCGGAGGAGGAAGCAGCGCCAGCAGCACCUGCAGCAAGAGCAGCUUCGACUACACCCACGACAUGGAGGCGGCCCACAUGGCGGCCACGGCAAUCCUCAACCUGUCCACCAGGUGUCGCGAGCUGCCGCACGUGCUAGGAGGGAAACAACAGGACCUGAUGACACAGAGUCCGGUGGACGACAUGGACGACGGGGGGGCAGUGGACGUGGGGGGGCAGCCCGGCGGCCCCGAGGGCAGCGGCACGGUGCUCACGCCCCUGGAGCCCAUGUCGCCCCAGCGGCAGGCGCUGCUCAGCAGCCGCUGCUACCAGCUGAGCGAGGCCGACUGCUGGGACCUGCCCGUGGACUACACCAAGAUCAAACGCCUGGGAGAGGAGCAGGACCACAAAGAGUCGGCCUUCUUCUCGUCCCUGCACCAGGGCGACGAGCUGGACCCGUUCCAGGAGCUGCUGGACGAGCAGCGCUACCCGGCCGAGGUGACCAUGCCCAGCCCCAAGCACCACAAGUACCCGCCCUGCAAGGAGGGCAAGAAGGAGCUCAUCACGUUGUCGAGCUGUCAGCUGGCCGACAAGAACAUCCGCGGGAUGAUGUCGCCCAACUCACAGGAGCUCAGGUGUCCGACCCCCGGUUGUGACGGAUCUGGACACAUCACUGGAAACUACGCCUCCCACAGGAGUCUGUCCGGUUGUCCACGAGCCAAGAAGAGCGGCAUCAAAAUCGUCCACAGCAAAGAGGACAAGGACGACCAGGAGCCAAUCAAGUGUCCGGUCCCGGGCUGUGACGGGCAGGGUCACGUGACGGGGAAGUACGCCUCUCACCGCAGUGCGUCAGGCUGCCCCCUGGCGGCAAAGAGGCAGAAGGACAGCUACGUCAACGGCUCGCAGUUUGUCUGGAAGUCGGGGAAGACGGACGGGAUGACCUGCCCGACCCCGGGCUGCGACGGCUCGGGACACGUCAGCGGGAGCUUCCUGACACAUCGGAGUCUCUCCGGUUGUCCCCGGGCCACCUCGGCCAUGAAGAAGGCCCGGAUGAGCGGCGUGGAGAUGCUGACAAUCAAACAAAGAGCAAGCAAAGGCAUCGAAAACGAUGAAGAUAUCAAACAGCUGGAUGAAGAAAUCAAAGAUCUGAGCGAGUCCAACAAUCAAGUGGAGUCAGACAUGAUCGAUCUGAGGACACAAAUCACCACCAUGGAGACCAACCUGAAGUCCAUGGAGGAGGAGAACAAGGUGAUCGAGCAGCAGAACGACUCGCUGCUGCACGAGCUCGCCAACCUCAGCCAGUCGCUCAUCAACAGCUUAGCCAACAUCCAGCUGCCACAGAUGAGACCGCCGCCACAGAAAGAGGCUCCAGUAAAGCAUAACUGCUGUUUACAGAUGCCUCCCAGAGAGCCGAUGAAUGAACAGAACUUUGACACUUAUGUGAGUACACUGACAGACAUGUACACCCACCAGGACCAGUUCCAGAGCCCGGAGAACAAGGCGCUGCUGGAGAACAUUAAACAGGCCGUGCAGGGCAUCCAGGUCUAA